CGACCCCGAGGCUGCUCACGGUCGGCCAUGGCAGCGACCAAAGCUAAACAUCCAGCUUCGAGACAGCCUCGGGAUACGCACCCCUCUCCUGGUCAUCUCAGUUCACCAAAAAUCGUGAAGUCGAAAAAGGGGAAGAGUAAAGAGGAGGACGCUACAUCCGUAGCGCAGAAAGGGAAGGGAAGGAAAGAGCCUGAUGAGCUUACGGAGCAUAUAACAUGGUCAUGGACGUCGCUCACGGACUCAUGGGUCAGUCGUCAACCACCUGUAUUUACCAAGGAUGGGAGCUACUUCUUCUCGAUCGUAGGGUCGAGUGUGAAGAUUUAUUCUAGCACCACCGGGCAAGUCGUGUCAACACUGUCCGCGUCCCCGUCUGGCAGUUCUGCGUCUAAGUUCUCCCAAGGAAAUGGUCACACAGACUCCAUAACGGCGGCCGUCCUCAGUCCUACCAAUCCCUUCCAGUUGAUCACCGCGUCUUUGGACGGUUGUAUCAAGGUCUGGGACUUCCUAGAGGCAGAUCUCCUACAGACAAUUGACCUCGCUCAACCUAUACUGCACCUAUGCGCGCACCAAAACUUCAAAGAUCACGUUUUCGUCUCCGUCGCACGACCUGGGAGCUCCAAAGAGGACAACAAUGCUGUUCUUCGGGUUUCGUUAAAGCCGAGUGCUGCUACGGCUGGGUCGGCGUACCAAAAAUCCUCUGAGAUUCUCGCCGUGGGGAAGACUCGAUCGACGUGUGGCCUAGCUGUGUCUCCGAGCGGACAGUGGCUCGUAGCUGCUGCUGGACACAAGGCUUACGUAGCGCAGACUUCGGCUCUGAAAUCUGGUUUUACCAAGUUCGUGUCCCCCGAGGCGCUCACUUGUCUGGCGUUCCAUCCUUCAGAGGAAUACUUCGCCACUGGCGAUGUCAAGGGUCACAUUCGGCUAUGGUAUUGUCUCAACGAGGAGAUCAUACGGAGCCACUCCGCUGUCGGUGUCGAGAAGAAAGCUCAGACAACAACCCUGCACUGGCACGCGCAUGCUGUUUCAGGUCUCGCCUUCACGGUCAACGGUGCAUAUCUCCUUAGCGGUGGCGAGGAGUCCGUUCUGGUGAUUUGGCAGCUUCAUACCGGAAAAAAGGAAUUUAUUCCUCGCGUCGGAUCGCCCAUCUUGAGCAUAGCGGUAUGCAGGGCCAGGGACCGUGAAGAAGAGUAUAUCUUAGGUCUGGCGGAUGCUAGUUUCGCCGUAAUAGAUGCUGGUUCAUUAAAGAUCAUGAGAUCUUUCUCUCGCAUAAAGCUAGAUUCAACAGCACCGCUAGGGAAACACUUGACCUCGUUUCCUGUACCUUUGGCCUACCAUGGCCCUACCUCUUCUCUCGUACUACCUUCAUCCCAUCCAUCAUCCUUACAAACGUACUCCCCCACGCAACACAAACUGCUGUCGGAGCUCGAAGUCUCACCCUCGAAUCGAGUCUCUCGACGGGACGAAAAGAGCCUAGAGCCAUCUAGAGUACUUCGCGUCGCCGUCGCGUCAAGUGGAGAGUGGAUGGCAACUUUGGACAGUCGGGAAGGUGAUGAUACUUUCCACAGGGAGAUCUACCUCAAGCUUUGGCAGUGGAACGCCCGAGCUGGAAUAUGGUCGCUCAAUACCAGAAUUGACAGACCACAUGGCGAUAAACAGGUUUCGACUGUAGUCUUCCAUCCUGAUCGUCGUCGACCACUAAUAGUGACCACCGGAGAAGACGGGAAAGUUAGGGGAUGGGGGAUUCGGACUACCGUAGACAAGAAUGGAGGGCAGGAAGAUUUCUGGGUCGCGCGAUCUGCUCUCGAUUUCCGGUCAGAAGUGCCGACGCACGCCUCAUGGUCGCCAGACGGAUCGCUACUGCUCGUCUCAUUCGGCAGUCAUGUCGUUCUUUGUGACUCUAUAACGGGUGUGAUCAACACAGCACUGACGUCGCCCCAGUGCAAAUCUGCUCGUUCGGCCCAUUUCGUUGGCACUGAAGGGCGAUAUGUAGCUGUUGUAGGAUCCCACGAUAUUGUCCUAUGGGACUUGAUAUCGCAGACAGUGCGAUGGCAUCGCCGAUGCUCCAUCGCCAUUAGUGCAGUCGUGCCCCAUCCCCUUGAUGAUUCGGUAGCUGUAUUUUAUUCCUCGUGGGGUGCCGAUCUUGUCACGACUGUCGAGGUCCUGUCUACAUCAUCAGAGAGGCCUAUCAGGAAGCGCAGUUUACCCUUCCACCUUCUCACCGUUUCGCCCUAUCCAGUGCAUCACGUAUCGUCCUCUCACAAGUCUCUAUAUGCGCUUGUUGCGAUCACCUCGUCGUGGAAUGUGGUACUUCUUGGUGACUACGUGGCUGCGGGCGACGAACAGGCUAGUUGUGCUCAGGUUAUCCCUGAUCCAGCGGGCUCUGCUCGUAGGCCGACUCUAUUCCAGGAUAUCUUCGGGAAGUCAGCAUUUGCGGAUACCUCAAAUCCGCGCUCGGAACAGAUUCCAGCUACAAGCUCUUAUUCAUGGGACUCGAAGGAUGCCGCUGCUGUACUUGAUGGGCCUGCUCAUCUAAUACCACCGAUUGAGAGCGUAUUCGACUCCCUUAUGGGUAGCUUCUUGAAGCCUCGGCUCCCUUGCUCCCAGGAGGCGGCUCACAUAGCAGAUGAGUCUGACGAAGGGAUGGAUGAAGACGUCGAUGUCGAUAUGGAUGUCACGCAAGACACUGCGCCGGUCGUCAUUAGUCGCAGCUCCGAGAGGGUCGUUAGCGUGGAGGAGAUGGAUAUGUUUGUUGAACUGUUUAAGCAACACGCCAUCAAUGGCCACCGUCCAAACAUAUCCCAGGUGAAUGGGAAAAAAACCAACGGAACUCAAGUGCAUCCUAAUGGGUACACACCUCGUCACCCUGUUCCCGCUCAAACGAACGGCUACCAUCAACUCAGUCCCCAGUCCGUCCUUUCAACACCUGCCAAAUCACUGAAGAACGGAGUGCUUCAUCAGCACAGCGGCAGUCCUGUGGCACCUCUCACGGCUGGUAAAAAGCGCAAGAAAUCUCUAGGUUAGACGUCGCGUACAGUCCUGCUUUCGAAAUGGUUUUGCAUCUUAUCCUUAUCUUUGCUGCAUCACAUACAUCAUGUUAUGGCUGCAUUACCUGUUGUAUGUCCCACACAUGUUCCAAAGAUCUCCAUAUGCCCUAGGUAUAUAUUAAUCACGAAACGCACGAAUACAAACCGAGGAUAAACACUAAUGAUGUGAAAUGUACACUGUGAGAUGAGCACAAGUAAGGCCUUGAUCCGUCGAAGAUAUCCUGAUCCCGAGACUAGUGCAAGGCGUGUUUCAAUCUCAAGAGCAUGGAGGCAGCAUAAAGCAGAUCCGGCGUGAGUACGGCUGGACAAGCAGAUGGCGGAGACGCAGGUGUAAGAGGCGUGUUCUUGAACAGCAGUGAACCGUUGUGGAGGUACUGCGAAUUCGAGCCUGGGAUGUGGUUAUCCAUGGAGCCUGAAUCAGGGGGUCCAGCUAAUCGCUUGCGUUUCGCGGACCGAUUGUAAGUACAUUCCUGCGCGCUGAUGGUGGAGUCUUCUGUGCCCGAGCUGGUGUCUCCAAUGCUAUGGUUGGAGAUGGG